AUGAUGGAAUGUGAAGUGCAACAGCAGGUAACCGAGUUGGGCAGAAAAUACCAGUUCAUGGAGAUGAACCUCCAACGCCGAAUGGGUGGGCUGAAAGAGAAAAUCCCCGACAUUCAGAAGACUCUAGACACCGUCAAGUUCCUGAAGCUGAGAAAGGACGAAACCGACCCGAUCGAAACGACGUUCGAGCUGAACGAGACAUUAUAUGCGCGAGCAAAUGUUCCGCCCACAGACGAAGUCUACAUUUGGCUAGGGGCAAAUGUGAUGUUGUCAUACCCUAUUGACGAGGCGGAGACAUUGCUGAGCUCAAAAUUGGCGACCGCGAAGACCAGCUUGUCCAAUUGUGAGGAGGAUUUGGAAUUUCUUCGAGAACAAAUUACGACAAUGGAGGUUGCUACAGCACGAGUCUACAACUGGGAGGUGGUACAAAAGCGAAAAGAAAAGGCAAACGAGGGUGAGGCGAAGACAUCUGGUGACAGCAAGAACGCCGAAUGA